GUCCGUAUUGGUGAUCAUGCAGCGCUGGGAUAGAUGAGGGAAUGUCAAACUUGUUGCCGACUGUAGAGGUAAACACAUAAAGAAAAUCGGGACAACAUAAAGAUGAACGGUACGUCCUUCAGCAGCCUCGCGUUUUUUAAGCACGGCGAUCCGCCGCUCUAACAAGCGAGUAAAACGGGACUUGAGCGUUCACCUCGACGCCGCGCCGUUACAUUUCAUACAGUGUCAAACCGCCGUAUUCCGGACAUUCAGCUUGCAGGCGAGAGACGCGCGCGCACCGACUGCUCUUCUACUCCACAAUGAGACAAGUUUAUCUUCGUGCAGCCGUUAAAUUCACAAAGAUGGCGGAGUAAACAAGAUCUUCCACAUUUCGCAACAUAUUUGCUUGGAUUCGGCGCGUUUGUGAGCGUUGAGGAUGGGUCGUGUGCUGCUUUGCGCUGCGCCGGUUUCGCUGCCGCUGCCUGCAGCCUUAUUCACGGCAAAGUCGUGUUAAUGAAGCUUUUUUGAACAUGUGCGUUUUCCAGGCUUUUAUUUUUAAGCUCAUGUGUGUGUCCUCCUCGUCAACAAAAGGACCAAAGUUUUUCUCGCUACGUCGAUUUUACGGCGACUGCCCUCUGUUUGGGGUUCCGGAGCAUGGACCUGGUUGGAAAAGAAGAAAUUAAUAAAAAAAAAAAAAAAGUGAACAUUUUGGAAUACAGAAAAUGGGAUUAGUGAUCAUUUUGGAUUAUUUCCAUUGAUUUUUUUUUUUUUAUUAUCUGUGUGGUGAUUGUGGGCUUUAUGAACAGUAAUUGCACAAGCUUUGUGCACAGUAACAAUGAACACUAACUAUAACAGUUCUGGAUUUGACAUGAAAGCACCAUCAGUGGGUGUAGAGCCAGUAUUGGGCCCUUUGAACGAACCCUCCAUGCAGGGUCUCGGCUUCACGUCGGGUAGAGAGCAGUAUGGAUUCCAGCCUCACAGCCAUGGAGAUAUGCUCAAUAUCGGACUACAGCAGCAGCAUCAACUCCAUAUGCCGCUGCCUUUCAACAACCAACAGCUUAAUCCUGACCAGCCUUCACACCCCUACCAGGAUGGGGUCACCUCCUGCCUGCAUGGGGACAGACACAUUGGCUUCAGUGGCAGCAACACAGGCCACCAGCACAUGUUUGAGACAGAAUUCAAUCAUUUCACAGAAGCUCAGACCCGAGAAUGUCUCUCACAGCAGCAGCGGCUAGCCAGCAUGCCUGAUUAUCAGCUCCACAGCCAUCCUAAUGGGAAUCACGCCGUUCCGGCCCCAUGUUUGCCUCUAGACCAGUCACCCAAUCGGGCCGCGUCCUUCCAUGGUCUCCCAUCCUCCUCUCCUGAAAGCAACAGACUGGAGCACUAUAGACUUUUCCCACAGGGAAGGGUAGGCGGGUCUCAAUACUGUUACCCAUGCGAUCCUAUCUCUGGACAUUUUGAUAUGGCCGGAUUUUCUACUCCUGACUCCACUGAACCCAAAUUGUCCUAUUGUGAAGCAGGGAACCAGAUGGUUGGAGGUAAUUUUCCCACCUUCAAUCAAAGCGGCUCACGGGCUCCUAUGAUUGGCGGUUCUAAAGUCGAUCAGCAGCUACCUCAGCAAAACACUUAUUCAGAGAGGUUUGGGAACAGGGGGAAAUUAGAACCAGGGGUCACUCCUAGACAUCAUCUCAUGGCCCAACAAAGAACAGGACCCAUGGCUAGGCAGAACCCUGGCUCCCCUGUCCUUCCCCGGUUGUACCACACACCAGAGUUUGUUCCAAAUAGCCCAGACAUGCAAAACAACAACGUAGUGCUCCACGGUCAGCAUGGCCAGCUGGAUCAUCCCAUACACAGAUUAAAUAACCACAACAUGCAUCCGUUUGGGGAGCCCAUGUUUAAUCCCCAAUUUGGACCUCAACCACCCCAUCAACAGCAUCUCAACUCUUUCCCCUAUUUAAAUAUGGCCAAGAGGCCACGGUUUGAUGCCCCAAAUGGCUCUGCUGGGGAGAGCUGUCGCCCCCUGAGAAGUGGCUUACAUAAUCGCCCAGGCCUUGAGAACCACCUCUCCCCCUCCUCCUUCCCAGCUCCCAUGGGGGAAUUCACAACUCACGUGACGGAUGGUUUUCAAUCAGGCCCCCCACCGCUGAGCUGUGGCUCACAUCAACAGCAGCCACUGGCUCGCCAGCAAAAUGCAGCCAUGAUGAUCAAACAAAUGGCAUCUAGAAACCAGCAGCAGAGAAUGAGGCAGGCAGACCUGCAGCCUAUAAGUCAGCACGGGGAUGUUACACAGAACGGCAUGGUGCACAGAGGACCGAUUGGUGGCAUGUCUCAUUUGAAUUUUGACAAGAAGCAUAAUUUUCAUGGAAACUUUGAUACUCAGAACCACCACCUACCUCACGAAAACUCCUGGUUUCCUGACCCACAUCAGCAGUGUAGGGAAACUAACAUUCAUGGAAUGGAGCAGUCGCAAAAUGGACAUGAUAUUUUUAGAUCAGGGGUCACGAGUGUAGAGAUGCAGUCUUUAAAUUCGCCAGGGCCACAAAAUCAGUUUGAAAAUAGCAUGAACAAUCCUUUGCAGGUACAGACAUCUGAAGACGGAACAAUGCAGCCAAACGCACCCAUGAACAGGAGACAGGGUGAUUUUGGAGGAGCCGCUAUAAGACGUCAGCACAGUUUCCCUCCUGGGGGCCCAAAUCAACAGGGAACCCCUCAAAGCAAUCCUCCCAGUUUCAACUCCUCACCAGGGAACUAUCCCUCCCAUCCUGAGUACAUCUCCAGCCAGCACCUGUCAGUCAAUAAGCUUGGGGCCCUCUCUUUGGGGAAUUUAAACAAAGCAAGUACAAAAGACAGUGUGUUUGGCCAAAGCUGUCUGGCGGCUCUCUCCACUGCCUGCCAGAAUAUGAUUGCCAGUCUGGGGGCCCCAAACCUCAAUGUGACUUUUAAUAAGAAGAGCCAAAAUGAGGCCAAACGCAAACCAGGUCAGGUGGAGAAGGACAUAAAUAGCAGUGGCGGUGUUGGGGCUUGUGGCCCAGGAGCAGAGUAUUUCCAGAGCAGUGCUUCUCAGAAUAGUCAGACGCCUUGCUCUGGGAAUAACAACAAUGCAGCAGUGGGUCAAAGUGCUCUGGGCCAGAUGGCGAAAAGGGAAGCUGCCACCCUCUCCCCAGACAACACUGUGGAUUCUGGGAAUGAAGGCAAAGGAGCAAUCGGCAACGGCCGCGGGAGAGGGAAGAGAAGACGGGACAGCGGGCAUAUAAGUCCAGGAAAUUUUUCCCCAUCGUGUAGUAGCAACCCCGUGGUUAGUCCAGGCCAACAAGCAUCUUCUUUGGGCAUGGGCGCUGAAGGCCGAGGCAGGACACCUGAAAGCGUCCUUGUCUCGCCUUCGUUUGGAAAACCUGACCUUACAACCUCAGUGGAUAGUGGAAUUCAAAGCAUGGGCAAAUCUGAUGGUGUUUCACCCUGUAUGGAUUAUCUAGACGAUGCUAGCCCUAACUACGGCAACGAGGAUGUUAGGACCAACAGAACAGGCAUAAAGUGCAGUUCGGACAAUAGGAGUGGCUAUCCUGACACGCCUUGCAUGGAACAGGUGAGGACGCCCCUGGACAGUUCGGCCCAGGAUGAGGUGCAUCCUCUAGAGAUUCUUCAAGCUCAAAUUCAGCUGCAGAGGCAGCAGUUUAGCAUCUCAGAGGACCAGCCACUUGCAGGAAAGAAUGGCAAAAAGCCAGACUGCCAGUCUGGACUUAACGGAGACUGUGCCAUGGCGAGCUGCAGCCCAGAGCCUGGCAAGGGCACUGUGAAUACCAUUGACCUUGACUCUCUCAUGACAGAGCAACGUGCCACCUGGUAUGGCCCUAGCAACAAGGCUCUGAUAGAGGACUCUAGGAAUGGCAAGUGCAUGGGAUUCUGGGACAGAGCAAGAGGCCAGAGUGACAACAAAGAAGGGCAUGGGUAGAAUCACUUGUUGGAUAUCCCUCAGUGGCUUCUCCCUGAGUCGUCAAAAAGGUGCUGUUCAAGACUGGUGUAGGAGUGGAGGAAAACCUGACGGAGCCCAGUUCCUGUCUCUUCACUGCACAGGGAGAUUGAGGGAUGAAGGAUCCAACUAAAGCUCUCCUGGAGCACCCAAUAUUCAAAUUCAAACAUCCAAGAGCAGCUCCAACAAACACUUUGGGGCAGGGGGUCCUUCCUGCCUGUUUCUACCUGACAGAUCACUGUGGUGGUUAGUCUUUGGUCCUUUAUUUUUUUUUUCACUGAUAAUUGGAUAAUGUCUUCAUCAGGAACAGUGAGGCCACACCGCCAUCUCACAGUGUGUGUUCAAUGCUGCUAGAAGGCCACACACUCUGAGUCUCUACUGGAAGAUCCAACAUAGAAACUGAAGACUGCGACUUAGAAAAGACAAGCACAUCAGAUUGGAAUCUUGGACAGCGUGGCCGAAUUGCUUUUAACAAAUAUUUUUUUAAUCCUUUUCGCCAUUUGUCCUCUUUUUUUAAUUUUGUUUGAUUACCUCAUUUUUUUAAAAAAGCAAAACAAAACUGUCAAGCGAACAUCAGAAUAUGUUGAGGUGGGUUUUUUUUCCUUCUUUUUUUUUAAUCAUAGAGAUAUUGAUGAAAAGCUAAAAAAUAUUUCUCCUCGUCGAACGUACAGCAGGACUUAUGGCUGUUUCAAAUCAUCCAAACUCUUGCUGGAACACUGUUUCUUUCCUCUAUUUAUUUGAUCCAUUAGAUCAUUUUUUGAUCAUAAGCGAUGAACAUUUUAAAUAUAUAUUCACCACAUUUUAUCCAUCACAGAUGGAAACUUGGCUGUGAUAUCAAAUGUCUGGUUUUGUCCCUCCUUCUGCUGUUUUAGAGUUACAACAGAAACUAUUCACAGGAGAAGAACCACUUUCAGUAUUGUGUUUAAAAAAAAAAAAAAAAAAAAAAAAACGCCUGGCAGUUCACUUUGGUCCUCAGUCCUGGGUUUUUCUGACUGUGGUGGGUCAACCUUUUGACUUUGAAAGGCCAGUGGGGGUUCCCUUCUCUCCCUCCUGCUUUUGGAAAUCUGAUAUGUAGGCUGAGCUCAUCCCUUUGUGGCGGCCUGGCCAGUGUCGGAAUGCCAUUGUUUCAAGCCGAUACUCUUCUCUAUUUGGGUUUUCCCCUUCACUCGGCCUUCAUUGACAUACUGAGCUUCUCCCUGCUUUUAAACUAACUGGUGCUGAAUAUGUUUGGCCAGACUUGGCAGCCUAUUCAAGCGGGGACAAUAGCCACUGACAAAAGACUUUUCCUUUUAAGAAAAUGGGUGUCCUUCUGGUGAUUCAAAAGAUCUUUAACCAGUUUAUUGGUGUUUGACACCUCAGUGUUUUCCAUGCUCUACCUCUUUCCAUGCUUAUGGUUUUAAGAUUUUGUUUUGUUUUGUUUUGUUUUCUGUUUUGUUUUGAAUUUGCUUUUUAGUCAUGACACAUUGUCUUCUUCUUUUCUUUUUCUUUUUCUUUUUUUUUUCUUUUUUUUUUCUUUUUUUUAAAAAAAGGCCCUUAACUUUCAUGUGGAUUUUCACAGUGUGAAACCUUUUGAAUGGACUUAUACACAUGCGGAAGUGGCUUUUUAAAUUAAAAGCGGUUGGCAUUGAAAGCCAAGAGCUUUUACUGCAAUAUUUACAAAGCUAAAAUGGUUUUCUUGUAGAAUGUAUAGGACAUGUAAAUAAACUGUAUAGCAACUGUAUAAUAUGGAUUAAUUGAGAAAUAUGUUGUAAAUCAUUGUUUUCUGCACCUGACACUCAUCAAUAUAAAACGAA